CCCGAGCUGGGGCGCUGGGAGCCGCGCGAGGCCGUGCGCCUGCGGCCGGCGGGGGCGGCGGGCGCGCGGGCGCUGCCCGAGCCGGGCCUGUGGCUGGCGGAGGUGGAGCUGGCGGCCGAGGCGGCGGCGCGGGACGGGGCGGAGCCGGGCCGCGUGGACACGUUCUGGUACAAGUUCCUGAAGAGGGCGCCCGGCGGGGAGCUCUGCUGGGAAGGCAAUGGGCCUCACCACGACCGUUGCUGCACUUAUAAUGAAAACAACUUGGUGGAUGGCGUUUAUUGUCUCCCAAUAGGACACUGGAUCGAGGCCACCGGGCACACCAAUGAGAUGAAGCACACGACAGACUUCUAUUUUAAUAUUGCAGGCCACCAAGCCAUGCAUUAUUCAAGGAUUCUACCAAAUAUCUGGCUGGGUAGCUGCCCUCGCCAAGUGGAGCACGUAACCAUCAAACUGAAGCAUGAAUUGGGGAUUACAGCUGUGAUGAACUUCCAGACCGAAUGGGAUAUUGUGCAGAAUUCCUCAGGCUGUAACCGCUACCCAGAACCCAUGACCCCAGACACGAUGAUUAAGUUAUAUAAGGAAGAAGGCUUGGCCUACAUCUGGAUGCCGACCCCAGAUAUGAGCACUGAAGGCCGAGUGCAGAUGCUGCCCCAGGCGGUGUGCCUCCUGCACGCGCUGCUCCAGAAUGGACACACCGUGUACGUGCACUGCAACGCCGGGGUGGGCCGGUCCACGGCGGCCGUCUGCGGCUGGCUCCAGUACGUGAUGGGCUGGAACCUGCGGAAGGUGCAGUACUUCCUCAUGGCCAAAAGGCCCGUAGUGUACAUUGACGAAGACGCCUUGGCCCGGGCAGAAGAAGAUUUUUUUCAGAAAUUUGGGAAGGUUCGUUCUUCCCUAUGUAGUGUGUAGGUGACCCAUCGGCCCCCCUUCCCUCCCAGUUUCCUUGCUUAGUAAGCCUAGGGUGAUGUUAGUAAAGUGACCUAGAAACAAAGAUUCUCCCUGAACUGAAAAGAUUGGCUGCCGACAUCUCCCCCAACCUGCCACCUUUCGUCUGGGGCUGACUUUCUGUUACGCUUUGGUUGGGCUGUAUCUUCUUUGAACUCUCUUACAAAGGAAGCUGUGACUGACACAUGAGAAAAGGCCACAAGCGGCUGGGCCAUGCAGUGUUGUUCUAGUGUCAGACAGAAAGGUGAUGCGUGCGGUUCCUGCUGCCCGCAGGCAGACCAGCACUCUGCUUUACCGGCACUGCGUUUGUGGUGCUGUGAAUUCACAACUGCACUUUCUUGUUGCGUUGUAACGUGGCUUGUAGAAGAAAAGAUGGGGAGUUAUGUAGACUUCAUCACUUGUGGGUGUGCCUGUGCAAACACACACAUGCACGGCUUUUCUGCUGAACUGAAAUGAAACUAUAAGAUGAGAGUUGCCAUUCAACUCUCAGUCAGUUGCCAAAGAAUGGAAUAAGAAGGGGAGUCUGGAUUAUGACAAAGUAAGAGCUUAACACGACCGAAAAGCAGUGGCUUUCUGGACUUUGUUUUUGCAACCUGCUCCAACAGUUAAAGUCUGUCCCAAGGCGUCACCUUCCUGAUCUACCCAAUGACCCUGUGUGACACCCAAAGUAGAGUUAUCUGUUUUAAUUGAAGCUCAGUAAGCAUAGAGAGCUUGCCCAAGGUCUGGAAGGACGAGCUGGAGUUUAUAAUCCAUGUUUAUUUGACUCAGUACUUUUCCAACACAACUUGUUGUUUUUCCAGCGUAUUGUAGUGGAUUCCGUUCCCUCUCUCAGAGUCAAGUCGAUAUUUCUGCAGCAGUUUCUACAGUGAGAAAUGGAACACUGUUCUGAUCAGUUGCCAAAGAAUUUAGGAAGUAAUUAUAUUUUGUACAACCUAAUUUAAAACACGGUGGGCUGUAUCGAGGCCAAAGUGGCCUGAGCCAUAGCUCAUGGGAGGAGCUGUAUUAACACAACAGCCCAAAGAGCCCAGAGCCAUAGGUCAUUGUUCUGCGGCUUAUGAGCCAUCCUGGCUCAGCCCCCGACUGAAUACAAUACACAGUCACUGCACCUCCAGAAUAUGCAAUUCACUACUCUGGGUUCUACAGGAAGCAUCAAGAUGAACGAGCCUGUGCCUUCCAAAAGCUGAGAGCCUAGAGACAGCCCUGGGUUCAGUGAACUAUAAAGCAGGCUUGAACCGCAAAUGAUACUAGGAUAGGAGGAGACGUGACUUUUAUCUUGUGCCUCUAUGUGCUAGGUACUUCACAUUCUGAUCCGAUUUAAUCUUCACAGUACCCUCUGGGGGAGGUUUCGUUAUCUCCAUGUAUAGAUGAAGAAGCUCAGGCUCAGAGAGGUUGGACACAGGAUAAGUUCCAGUGGAGCUCAGAGGAGGGAGAGAUGCCUUAUACCUGGGCCUCGGGGAAGAUGGCAUGGAUUUGGGCUGAGAUGGCUGGACAGGACAUGUUUCUUCUGCAGUUUUGCAAAGUUAAAUUUAUAAGCCAGGAUUGAAUAAUGUGAAGUCCAACUCGUUUGCUAAAAAUAGCUAUUAUAUUAAAGUAACCCAUCCAUAGUCAUAAUGUGUUGGGUAAAAUUUAAUUUUAAAAACAGAAUAUUUCUAACUAAUUAUAUCCAUUUGUGAGUGUGUGAAUUUCCUUAAUGCCUAAGAAGUCCAGCUAUGUAAUUUCCACUGUGGAAAGACCUUUUUGGGUGGAUUUUUCCCUUUUUGCUCUGAUAGAUAAAAUCAGCUUUGGGCUAUUAAAGAAUGUUCUGGAAUAACCUCUCUCAUCCUCAGUGAAUGGCAUGUCCAGUGUAUUUCAAAAUCACCUGGAACUUUUGCUAAAUAAAAGCUUUAAAAAUGA